AUGGCCUCCCAUGGCAGUGGCCUGACAGUCUCAACUUCUCCAAAAAGUGGUGGCAACGCAGAAGCUGCAGCAAUUUCACCAAAAGGAGGCCAAUGCUUGUGCUCACCAACAACUCAUCAAGGAUCGUUCCGGUGCCGGUUUCACCGGUCCCAAUCAUCGGCUUGGAUGAAGCGAUCAAAGUCCUUGCCCACCAAUAAUAACUCCGUGGCUUCUUUCUCUCCCAAGUCAGUACUUGAGUCUACUUAG